UCGGGAAGGGUCCGUGCAGACAUCGCAGCGCCGUCAAUCAUCUGUCUAUUUUUAGCCGGCUCCUCACAAGCUGCCAGUCCGGUGCGCAACGGAGGAGGCUCUGCUGGACGGACUGAGCCACGGUCAGCGGCGGGACUUUCCUAACCCUGACCGUUUUUUGCUUAAGCCGCUCAGGACAUCCCGGAAGUGGAUUCCUCGGUGCCGCCGGGGAGAGGAGAAGGACAGAACCGACAGUCGAACCGUGUGGACAGUGAGGUUUUCAACUGGCGACGCAACACCAGUGCGUAGAGCGCAACUUUCUGACUGACCAUUUUGGGGCCCAGAGGAGGAAGGUUUGCACCAUGGAGGACUUAAUUCAGCGGCUGGAGCAAGCUGUGACUCGGCUGGAGCAUGUGUCCACUUUAAUGCAGGAGUCUAACGCCAUGGCUAACGGGACAUGCAUCAACGGCCUGGAUCAAGCAGUGUCUCACUGUGUGGAGGCCUUCGAUGUGCUGCUGGGGGGUCCAGUGUCCGACUACCUCAAGCACAGCCGAGUCAUCGGAAGAGAAGUGGAGAAACAUGCGGAGAUGGUAAAGAGAGCGCUGCAGACGGAGAGAACCUUCCUCAAGAUGGCUGCUACACACCAGGAACCAGCACAGACAGAGCUCCGAGAUCUGCUGAAGCCCAUAUCGGAUCACAUCCAGGAGAUCCAGAAUUUCAGAGAACAAAACCGUGGCAGCUGCCUCUUCAACCACCUCUCAGCUGUCAGUGAGAGCAUUCCCGCUCUGGGCUGGGUGGCUGUGAGUCAAAAGCCUGGUCCGUAUGUGAAGGAGAUGAACGAUGCUGCCAUCUUUUACACCAACAGAGUUCUGAAGGACUACAAGGAGACUGACAAAAGUCAUGUGGACUGGGUUCGCUCCUACCUGUUAAUCUGGACUGAGAUGCAAUCCUUCAUUAAACAGCACCACACGACGGGGCUGGUGUGGAGCAAGACUGGUCCCAUUGCUCCUGCUUCCCUUUUAGACUUCACCACACCCUGUCCACCCCCACCUCCUCCUCCUCCCCCCGGCCCUCCUCCAGUCUUCAGCGACGAUGACUCCGAGUCUCAGGUGGACAGAGCUGCAGCUCAGCGCUCAGAAUUGUUCGCACAACUCAACCAAGGAGUGGGCAUCACUAAAGGUCUAAAGCACGUGACAGACGAGCAGAAGACUCACAAGAACCCAAAUUUGAAGAGUCAACCGACUAAAAACAAGAGCCCGACUUCUGCAAACCCCUCCACAGUAAGCGUCCAGAAAAGACCUGCUCUGCUUGAGCUGGAGGGAAAGAAGUGGAGAGUGGAAAACUUUGAGCAGAAGCAGGAUUUGGUGAUCGAGGAGACCGAGCUUAAACAAGUGGUGUAUGUGUUCAACUGUAACAACAGCACGCUGCAGGUUAAAGGAAAAAUCAACUCCAUCAUUGUAGACAACUGCAAGAAGCUGGGUCUAGUUUUUGAGAAUGCUGUUGGAAUUGUAGAGGUAAUCAACUCUAAAGCGGUUCAGUUACAGGUGUUGGGAACAGUUCCCACUAUUUCCAUUAACAAGACGGAGGGAUGCCAGGUCUACUUGAGUAAAGAGGCUCUGAACUGUGAUAUCGUCAGCGCCAAAAGCUCCGAGAUGAACAUCCUGAUCCCAGAAGGCGAGGAUGAUUAUAGGGAGUUUCCGGUCCCGGAGCAGUUCAAGACCAUCUGGGAUGGAUCUAAACUGGUGACAGAGCCCACAGAGAUCGCAGGCUGACUGAAAACCACCAUGAAUUUAGUUAAAAGUGUUACUUUGACACCCCCAAAAAAGAGAUUAACGUAGAUAGGAACUGCAUUUGCUGAAUGUGUCAUGUAAGGUUUUAACACUAUCCUUACAAACGGUAAAUAUAAUUCAGUGCCAUAGCAAUAUAUAGGCAUUAAAGGAAUAACACUCAAGUAAUAUCAAAUAAUCUAAAUUAUUAGUUAAGUGCAUGUUUCCACAAAGGAUUUUUUUUCCAUUUUGAAAUGUUUUGUUUAUUAUUGUGUUUACAAUAUGUCCAAAAUGUUUUAUUUUACUGAUUGUAGUUAAAAUCAUAUCAUAAAGCUCCAAUGACCAGAAAGGGUCAGACAUCAACUCCAAAAACUUACACUUGACUUCUUGAUUUCAAACACCACUUUAUUUUGAAUUAUUAUAAAUAAGCACAUAAGUUGGGCAGUUGGCAUAAAAAUCCUUUCUGAUUUAUUAGAAUCUUCUUUUGCUUUGUAAAAUUAAAAAACUGCAACCUCCUGUAGGAAUCAAUAUCAGUGCUCUAAAACCCACAUUUCAUGGAAAUAAAUCUACUUCUGGAAGAUG